CAUCUCUCUCCGAUACAAGCAGAAAAACAAAUUCUGAUUACUUCAUCUCAGAUUCCGGCGAAAUCCUCGCCGUAGUCGAUCGCCGGGAAGCCGAUUUUGCUUUCAUCGCCACUUUCUUCCUCUCUCUACCUCAUUCUCGUUAUCUCUCUCACACUCUACCUAUUCACAUUCUCAAUUCCAUUCACAGAAAAAACACUCUGUCCUCUCUCUCCGGAUCCAAAGGCAUCGGAUCAGCUCGGAAGGCUCAAGAAAAAUCGAUAUGCUUCGUCAACUCCGCACGCGGCGGCGCCCGCGCUACGGCGCGCACAUCUGCGCCCUGAUCGCGGCGGUGCUCCUCCUCCUCUCGGUGUCUCUCCUCUACAGCCGCCUGUCCUUCUUCAGUUCGCAACCGCAAGUGCAGCACUCCCUCCAUCACUCACUCGACGAUUCCUUCAGCCCUCUCCGCGACGAUCUCGACUCCGAAGCCCUCGCCACCACCAAUCCCAACGACGAUCGCAUCGACGAGCACGACGACGCCGUUUUGGAAGAGGGCGGAAGCAACAACAACGAGGAAAUCCUCGCCGAUGAAGAGGAUGAGGAGUCCACCGCCAGUAAGUCUAGUUACUUUUUUGACCAUGUGAGCGGCGUGGUUCGGAGAUCUUUCAAUCGGCGUUCUAUUGAUGAAUGGGAAGACUAUGUUCCUUUCGAUCUAAAGCAUAGGUCUGACUUAGGGUUGGGGGUUGGUGAGUCUAAACCAGUGUUUGGAUCGGACGAUGUUUUGGUGGACGAUAAAUUGAGAACGAAAUUGAGUCAAGUUAGGAAAAUUGAGGAUGCAUUGCUGUUGAAAGGGUCUGUGUUGAGGGAAGGGUGGGGAGAUUGGUUCGAAAAGAAGGGUGAUUUUUUGAGGAGGGACAGGAUGUACAAGUCAAAUUUUGAGAUUCUGAAUCCAUUGAAUAACCCAAUUUUGCAGGAUCCUGAUGGACCUGGUGUAACUGGAUUAACUAGAGGCGAUAAGAUUUUCUUAAAGGAUUUACUAAACGAAUUUAAGCAAACUCCGUUCUUAGCUAAGAAGCCAUUGGUUGUUUCUGAAUCACAAGACGUCGUUUUAGGCAAAAAAGGCACUGACCAUGAUAAGGAGGUCAGUAGAGUGGGGAGAAGGGCUUUGACCAAUGACAAUAUUCGCAUUGUGAGGAGGAAUGAGGGUUUAGAGAGAGAUUUCUAUGCAGAUGGCAAGAGGUGGGGUUACUAUCCAGGUUUGGAUGAAAGGCUGUCGUUUGGGAAUUUUAUGGAUGCGUUUUUCAGAAGAGGGAGAUGCAAUAUGAGAGUAUUCAUGGUGUGGAAUUCGCCUCCAUGGAUGUUUGGUAUUCGGCAGCAGAGGUGUCUGGAGAGUCUUCUACAUCAUCACCCAGCUGCAUGCGUGGUGGUGUUCUCUGAAACAAUAGAACUCAAUUUCUUUAAUGGAUUUGUGAAAGAUGGAUAUAAAGUGGCUGUUGUGAUGCCAAAUCUCGACGAGCUGCUGAGAGAUACACCAACACAUAUAUUUGCUUCAGUUUGGCAUGAGUGGAAAAUGACAAAAUAUUACCCAGUUCACUACAGUGAACUUAUCAGGCUCGCGGCCAUCUACAAAUAUGGUGGAAUCUAUCUUGAUUCAGACAUUGUAAUGUUGAAACCUCUAUCUGAACUCAACAACACUGUUGGAUAUGAGGACGGGCUUAGUGGCAAAACUUUGAAUGGUGCAGUGAUGGUGUUCAGAAAGCACAGUCCUUUUGUUUUAUCGUGCUUGGAGGAGUUUUACACAUCAUAUGAUGAUGCUCAGCUGCGGUGGAAUGGAGCUGAUCUUCUGACGAGAGUGGCCAACCAAUUUUUCAGUAACAAAGGCAUUGCUGGUGUGAAUGCUGAACUCCUGUUGCAACCAGCUUCUGUCUUCUUCCCUUUCGACAGUAAUAUAAUCUCAAGAUACUUCACUGCUCCGAGGACAGAGAUAGAAAAACAUGACCAAGAUGAUCUCUUCAGCAAAGUAAUGCAUCAAUCAGUCACCGUUCAUCUUUGGAACAGUGCGACAUCUGCUCUGAUACCGGAGUCCGGCAGCCUUGUUUUCAGGCUGCUUAAUCAGUUUUGUAUCCAUUGCACUGAUGCAUUAUGAUGAUCUAUUGUUCUCUUUUGGCCUAUUGAUGUCUGUCUAUAUAUAUUCAAGAACCCUAAUAAAACAAUUUUGGAAUGUGUUUAACUGUUUAUGAUUA